AUGGCCGACGAAGACGGGGGCUUGUUCAGCAUCGCUAUCGGCGACUCGGACGAAGAGGGCCUGGUCUCGGAGGCGGCGACCAAGGCCAAGGAAAAGCCUAGGGACUGGCAGUCUGAGGAGGACUUCCAAGAGCUGAAGGCUACUUACAGGGUCAAUGUACAAAAUGGCAAUAUCUGGCAGACGAUUGAGCUGCCUCUGGCCGUCAACGGAAAGGCCGGCAAGCCAGUCCUGCAGGAGCUACUGCACGCCGUGGAGGAGCUGUACUUUUGCCGCAGGUUCGAGGAGGCAGCGGCGUUCGCGAGGCGGGUCCUAGACGGGAGCGACGCGGCGCUGGACCGGGACACGAGGGAGACGCUGGCACAUUACGAGGAGAAGUCCCAGGGUCGGGCGGGCAAGUAA